AUGUUGCAGGUAUAUGCGUUUGGAUCAAAUGGGAAUUUCCAGUUAGGCCUAGGCCAUGCUGAUGAUAUUAUCGUACCACAAUUGACAUUGUCUCUGGACGUCGAUAAGGACGUUACUGUUAAAAAAGUAGCUUGUGGUGGUAACCACACAUUAUUAUUGCUGAGUAACGGUAAUGUGUAUGAAUGUGGUAGUAAUGCUAUGGGUCAAUUAUGUGAUGAUUCUCAGAUAGAAACUGUUCCCAAAUGGUCAAAAUUAGAUAUGAAUAAUAUUAAAGAUAUUGCAUGCGGUUGGGAAUUCACGGUUGUCCUAGAUAUUUUAAAUAAUGUUUGGAUACGUGGGUACGGUCCCAAGGGAGAAUUGGGUUUGGGAAGUAAUACUACAAAAAUAACAACUUUCCAAAAAAUCAUGAAUGUGCCAGAAAAUUCUAACUGUAAACUCUUUACCUCAUUCCAGAAUUGUGCUUUGUUGGUUCAAAGACCUGAGGGUGGCUCUGUGGUUUAUGGAUGGGGUAGUAACACAAAAUGUCAGUUAAUGAACCCAAAGAGUAAAUCUGUCUUCACACCAACAAUAAUAUAUGAAAGCGAUUCGCAACAAAUUGUUCAAGUAGCUAUGGGUAAAAAUUUUCUCUUGUUGAUCGAUAAUGAAGGUAGAAUUGUGUCAACAAGAGGGGCCAUUCCUGAAAGUUUCCAGUUGGAUGAAUGGAAGGAUAAGAAAGGGUUAGAAGUAUAUACGAUGUGGUCAUCAAUACAUAUUUAUUAUGAAAAUAAGAUCUAUUCGUUUGGAUUUGGUAUUCAUGGUCAGAUAUUCGAUAAUGAUUAUUUCCAAAGCACUGUAAUGAACAAACACACUUCAAAGUUAAUUGCGAUUAAUACAGGUAGUGAACAUGGGAUGUUAGUAGUACAGGAUGAUAUAAUUUCCGGGUUUACGGUAUAUUGCUGGGGUUGGGGUGAACAUGGUAAUUGUGGUAGAGUUAAAGAAGAACAGUCGGAUGAUAAACCGGUUAUUAAUGAUUACUCAAAUUUAUCAAGCAAAGCCAAUGAAAUAAUGCAUGUUGAUUCUGUUAUGCCAUCUACAGUGUUUGGUGGCUGUGCUAGUACAUGGAUAGUUAAAUAUGAUUAA